AUGUCGUCGAACCAGCACGAUUACUCCGACGCACUCUUGAAAUCAAUCCUCUUCUUCGAAGGCCAACGCUCUGGUUACCUCCCAAACGACCAGCGUAUGACGUGGCGUCGUAACUCCGGUCUGAGCGACGGUUGGUCACACAACACCGAUUUAACCGGCGGUUACUACGACGCCGGAGACAACGUAAAAUUCAAUUUCCCGAUGGCUUUCACCACCACAAUGCUCGCCUGGAGCGUAAUUGAAUUCGGCGAACUCAUGCCUCCGUCGGAGCUCCGUAAUUCUCUAGUGGCUCUACGGUGGAGCUCUAAUUACCUUCUCAAAUCAGUUUCUCAGCUACCUAACCGCAUCUUCGUCCAGGUUAGUGUGNCGUUCAGUCACAGAGAGUAUCCGCUCCCUCACCACCACCGUCCACCGACGCCGAUAAACCAUGAAUUUACGUUUGUACCCUCUCUCCCUUGUCUUAAUCUUACUCCUACGUCCGACAAUGUCGUCGAACCAGCACGAUUACUCCGACGCACUCUUGAAAUCAAUCCUCUUCUUCGAAGGCCAACGCUCUGGUUACCUCCCAAACGACCAGCGUAUGACGUGGCGUCGUAA